ACGGCAAUUCCAUGUUGCGCAUGUGCGCGCGGAGGUUGUUGUCAGUGGUGGUUAUGGAGAUGAAAUGGGACGACGAGCUGUCAACAUCACGGUGACGUUCAUGUGUCCAUCAGAGGGAUGCCCAGAAAGAUAGGAUUCAAUGUGGUCAACUCUUCAAGUCAUGAGGACAACUACAGUGCCAAGGAGCUCAUGGUCCAUGCACCCACAGUCAACGGCUGGAGAUCUAGCAGGCUAUGCUCCUAUCCUCAACACAUCACCCUCCAGCUGGUGGAGAGAAGUAGGGUGAGGAAGCUGCAGCUGCUGGCCCACCAGUACCUGAUCCCAGCCAAGGUGGAGUUUCAUAUUGGAGACACUCUCCCUGAAACCUGCACCCCAGGGUUCCCUGGACAACUUCGCAGACUUGGGUAUGUGUCUUUGUCGGACAAUGAGAAGACAGGCUUCAAAGCUCGUGAGCUGAAGUCAGUCCAUGUUGACGCCAUCGGAACAUACCUGAGAAUAACUUUCCACAGGAACCAUGUCAACGGUUACAAUCAGUACAAUCAGGUUGCUUUGGUUGCCAUUAAUGUUCUGGGAGAUUAUUUGGAUGGCAAUGCUUUUAACACAAUUCCAAGCAGAGAGCAGCUGAUCGAACACUACCUCAACAGUACCCAGCUGGAAGCAGCCUUGGACACGACCUUCAUGGGCAAAUGUGAGUCCAUCUCACCCUUGGACGACCUGGCCUUCGACAUGUACCAGGACCCCGAAGUUGCCCACAUCAUCCGUCUCCUGGACCAAAAGAAACAGGACAUGGUUCGGCAGGAGAAAUUCGAGCAGGCCAAGAAUCUGAAGCAGGCCAUCGCAGACCUGCAAAAGGUGGGGGAGCGUUUGGCUCGAUAUGAUGUUGAGAAACGAUGUGCCAUCGAAAAGGAAGACUAUGACCUGGCCAAGAAGAAGAAGGAGUUGAUGGAGGAGUACAGGAAGAGUGUCUACCAGCAGCUAGAGGUCCACAACCUGCUGGACAUGACAAUGAUCACAAAAGCAGCAGAUUCAUCUCCAGCCCCAGAUCCUCCCUCCCUUCAGCCCUCUCCAGGUCAACAUUCAGUCCCUACCAAGCCCCUUGUGUCCACAGACACAUUUAGGAAAGAGAAAAAAACAAACACUCCUCAAAACGAGCAGUCAGAUGCAGAAACUGCUGUGCCCAAACUGAGCAGCCAACCUGACACACCCAGCACCCCUGCUGCAGCACCAAAGAUAGACGUUACCAGUGUGCCUUAUGAUGAGAGGCCGCUGCCAGCCCUGCAGAGGAAAAAUCAGCCUGUGGAGGACAUCCAGAGCCCUGCAGAGCAGCACUCCCCCCAACCUGAUGGCCAAAGGACUCCACACAGCCCUGAGAUGAGUGGAGAGCCAGAGCCCCUGACAGAGAAGGUCCAGAGAGAGGCUGGCUUUCCAAUAGAGAUCUAUGGAGAAAGACUGGUAGUUAGGGCAUAUUCAAAAACCUGGUCUUACAGAGAGGAUGCUCUCCAGGCUGUGUACAAGAAGCUUUUGGAGCUAUCACCCAUCACACCCAGAGAGGAGCUGAGAAGCACGAUUAGAGCUGCAGUCUUCUUGGUCAAGAAAGCUCUCCUGGAUAAAGUAUCAUCUGUUUUCCACGCCUCCUUGAAGCUGCUGCGACUACUGCUGGGCCAGCUGAUCCCAAGUCUGGCACUGGGGAGGGCCGAGGUGUCUUACUGUUUGGAGCAGACCUGGCCCAACCUGCUGGCCAGGACUGGAGAGUCAGCCAGCCGGCUCCGGGAAACAGCCAUUGCUUUUAUACAGGAAAUUGCUGUUUUGAAGGAUGUACGCACACUGCAGGUAAUCCCUUGUGAGCUGGUGAAGCCCUUCAAAUCCAACUUCCCCUUGCGGCUGGCUCAGAGUCGGGCCGAACUUCUGGAGAAGCUACUCACUGAACUAGGUGCAGAGAACUCUGGCUUCACCCUGGACAAUGUUAUGACGUUCUGUACGGCAGCAUUGGAGCACAGUGCAUCAGCAGUUCGAGAGGUGGCAGUGCGCAUCAUCCUAUCCAUGUACCGGCAGCACAGAGCUGCUGUUCUCACCUACCUUCCACCCAACGAUGCUGCCGCACGGAAGAACUUUCUUUACAAAACCCUCUUUGAUGGCUUUGCCAAAAUUGAUGGAAAGCUGGUGGAAACUCAGACUUUGAAGAAGGGAGGCGGUCAGCAGGAUGGGCAAAAAGAGAAGGAGGAGAUCCACUCUCUUCAGGAGCAGCUGGCUGCCUUGAAAGAGAUCACAGAGAGAGGGAAUGAACACACCAAAGGACAAAUGCCCAAGAAGGAAAGUCCCAAAGUUGAGAAAGAGUCUCAAAAAGCUGGCAAAGCUGUUACAAAAGUUCCCCAGAACAAGGUAACAAACACCACUGACCUCCAGCAGUCCAUCAACUAUCUUGACAACUUGUGUAUAUUCUGCGGUAAAAAGGAUGAGUCAUUCACAGAGGACGGAUUGGACCUUCACUACUGGAAGCACUGUCCUAUGCUGAGACGCUGCGAUGAAUGUAGACAGGUAGUUGAGAUUGCCAGCCUCACAGAGCACCUACUGGGUGAAUGUGAAAACAGGUCCAAGUUCAGCCAGUGCCCAGGGUGCUCAGAGGCCGUGGCCACUGAAGAUCUGACUGAGCAUGUCCAGAGUCCCACCUGCAACCCCUCCAUCUCGGGUAAAGGCUCCAACCACUGUCCUUUGUGCCACAACAACUUCAUGCAUGGAGAGGAGGCCUGGAAGGCUCACCUCAUGGGCAGAGAGGGCUGUAAACAAAACUCACGCAGGACUGCGGUGUCCCAGAGAACCCAGCCAGCACAAGGCAAGGCUGUUGGCGGGGCUAAGCUGAAGCAGGUCCGGUCUGUCGGGGCCAGAGCUAGGCCCAUGGGAAAAGGCAGCAGGAUCCCAGCCCUGGUACCCCUUGCCAAAGGACAAACACCAGGAAAGCAUUAAAACUAGAGACCCAGAGGAGACAGCCAACAGAACCAAACUUGGUAGUAACCAGGGUUGGAAAAUUAACUUCUCAAAAUGUGAACAUUAACCAGGAACUAAUAGAUAAAUGCUCUAAUUAAUUGAAACGAGUCCCUUAUUUCCUGGUCUGGAAUUUCCCUUUUAUCUUAUCAGCUUGCAGUUUUGCAUCCAUGUACAUUUAUCAGAUCUUCCUUUCAUGUGUAUGUAAACAGUGUGAAAGUUCCUUUUUAAAGCGGCUCAAAUUGUCUAAAGCAGCUAGAAAUGUGAACAUUUAUGUAGAAAUUGUAAUAAUUGACUAUUUUAUACAUAAAAACAAGUUACGACUGCAUUGUUAAAGUGAUAUUUAGACCGCAAACCCAGGAUAUAAAUAAAACUAAAAUGAGUGAUCACUUUUUGUACAGUCCGAGUUUGCACAGGAUGAGCCAGGUCAAGCGCUUCCCAUGGUAAUAUCAUUAAAUAUGUAAUCAAUCACUCCAUCUAAUAAGAGGACAGUGACAAUGACUGAUACUUAGAAACCUUGUAGAGGCAGUAAUGAGAAGAGAAGAGGAAGGAGAUUUGGUUACAAGCAGAAGACUUUCCACCCUUGGCAACACAAUGCUUCAGUCUGACAGCCAUUGACCACAUGGUGACAGUUUGACUGUCAGCAUCACGCUUUGCUGUUCAUUUACUUUUUCAUUUCCUUCCUGAAAUAGAUUCAUUGAUCAGCACAUUUCCAAAGGGUUGUUUGUUCACUGCUGAUAUUUCACUAUAGUAUAGACUUUAUUUAUGCUUAAUACCUACUGACAAUCUUGUAUAGAUAGCACAUUUUUAUAUGCUCGACUUGACUAAGGAGAGGAAGUACACCUUUAACGUAACAGAGUUAUUCCAAUAAAAUAAAAACUUACUGUAUGCAGUAGUG